AUGUUUAGUAAAAGUAAAAGAGUUAAUAUUGUAAUUACAUUUGUAUUAUUAUUUAUUGCAGGUAUACCGGUUUGGUGGAAUACUACAACUACAUAUAGAUCAAAUGUAGAUUUUACAGAAAUAAAUGAAUAUUAUAAUUUAAAAGAUAAUAUCACACAAAGCAAAUGGCCAUUAUUUAAACAACUCUUUAAUCAAGUUGGACCAAUUCAACAUGAUAUUGAAGUUAAAACAGCAACAGAAUAUAGUUUAUCAUUUACAUUAUUAAAUUCUGAUCCAUCUGAUAUCAUACCAAAAUGGGAUUUCCCUUACCUUUCAAAUAAAUAUAUUCAACCAUUUAUUGAGCAAAUAUCAGAUAUUGCAAAUUUUACAGUUCAAUCUAAAAUUUCACAUUAUGCAACACUUUUAAAAUCACCACUUUAUGAUUCAAAAGAGAAUAGUUAUUAUAUUCCAUCUGCAUUCCUUUCAGAGUAUAUCAAUCCAAAUGAAUGGCAAUUAGAUACUCCAUCUACAAAUCAACCAACUUUAAAUUUUAUCAUAUACAUACCAAAAACAACUCAAUCACCAUUAUAUAUUCGUUCAAAUCAAAAUAGUAAUUCAUUUUUAAUUCCACAAUGGGGCGGUAUUAUAAUUCAUAAUGUAAAUAAUAAUAAAAAUAAAAAUAAUAAUGGUCCAAUUGAUUUAACAAAUGAAUUAGAGGAUCAAAUGGUUUCAUUUAAAUAUCAAUUAAAAGAAUUAUUAGGUAUCAAUAAUGAAAAUAAUAAAAACAACAACAAAAAUAAUGAAAAAAAAGAAAAGAAAUAUUUAGAAAAAGAUAUUAUUUUAAGUAAUGAUGAAAUUGAUUCAACCAUAAAGAGAUAUACAGCAGAGAAUAUCAAUGUAUCAAUAUCAACAUUAUAUAGUUUAAGUUCAUUGAUUGAAAGUUUACCAAAUAUGUUGGUUUUGGAUAAUAUUCGUGAUCAAGUAAAAGUAGCAAUCGAAUCUUUAGGUCGUGCACAUCAAUGUCUUGAACAAUCUGAUUAUAAUUGUGCAUUACAAGCAUCAAAGCAAUCAUUAGCCUCUUCUGAAUCCGCUUUCUUUGAUAAGAAUAUGCUUUCUCAAUUAUAUUUCCCUGAUGAACAUAAGUAUGCUGUUUAUACUCCACUAUUCGUACCAGUUUGUUUCCCAAUCAUUGCUGGUAUCUUUCAAGAAUUUAAACAUUAUAGAAAUAAAAAAUUAAAAAAAUAA